CAGGCCCCGCCCCCCCGCGCCACGGGAGCCGCUGGGCGGCGGGAGGGCGCGCGCGCGCGGCGCCGCUUGGCGCCCCACGUGACAUGGAGGAGGCGGGGACGGGAAGGGAAAGGUCAGCGGCGACGCCGGCGGCGGGGGGAGCGGAAGGUCAGGGCGGCGCGGAGCGGAAGUGGGAGCCGGAGCCUCGUCCGCCAUUGUGGGGAAGCGGAGCCCAGAGCAAGGGGGGGGAAGCGGCGCUGCGUCCGGCCGGCCGGCUCCUUCCAGCGGGAACCCGAUCGGCGUCGGCAGCGAGCCCAGGCGGCGGCGGCGGCGACAAUCAGGCGGCGGCGGCGGUGGGGAGGAGGCGGCGGAGGCGAGCGAGCGGCCCCGGCGUGCGGAAUCACUCGAGGCCCAGGCGGAGCGAGGGGAUCGCGGCUCCCCGUGAAGAAUGUCAGCCACCAGCGUCGACCAGAGACCUAAAGGACAGGGAAAUAAAGUUUCAGUACAAAACGGUUCGAUUCAUCAAAAGGAUGCAGUAAAUGAUGAUGAUUUUGAGCCAUAUCUAAGUAGUCAGACAAAUCAGAGCAACAGCUAUCCACCAAUGUCAGACCCAUAUAUGCCUAGCUAUUAUGCUCCAUCCAUUGGAUUUCCAUACUCUUUAGGUGAAGCAGCAUGGUCAACUGCAGGUGACCCUCCAAUGCCAUAUUUGACAACUUAUGGACAGAUGAGCAAUGGUGAACACCAUUACAUACCUGAUGGUGUAUUUAGUCAACCUGGGGCAUUAGGAAAUACCCCUCCAUUUCUUGGGCAGCAUGGAUUUAAUUUUUUUCCUGGGAAUGCAGACUUCUCUACAUGGGGGACAAGUGGAUCUCAGGGACAAUCAACGCAAAGCUCUGCUUACAGCAGCAGCUAUGGCUAUCCACCUAGUUCUCUUGGGAGAGCCAUAGCAGAUGGACAGGCUGGAUUUGGCAGUGAUACUCUGAGCAAGGUGCCUGGAAUUAGCAGCAUUGAGCAAGGCAUGACUGGACUGAAAAUUGGUGGAGAUAUGACGGCUGCUGUAACGAAAACUGUAGGUUCAGCUCUGAGCAGUACAGGUAUGACAAGCAUUGCAGCUAACAGCGUGCCCCCAGUUAGCAGUUCAGCACCUAAACCAACCUCAUGGGCUGCAAUUGCAAGGAAACCUGCUAAACCUCAGCCGAAGCUCAAGCCUAAAGGUAAUGUGGGCAUUGGGGGCCCUGCUGUACCUCCACCACCUAUAAAACACAACAUGAAUAUUGGAACUUGGGAUGACAAAGGGUCAGUGGUAAAAGCACCCCCAGCUCAACCAGUACUGCCUCCUCAGACUAUAAUUCAGCAGCCUCAGCCAUUAAUUCAACCACCACCAUUGGUGCAAAGCCAACUGCCUCAACAGCAGCCUCAGCCACAGCAACCACAACAGCAACAAGGACCUCAGCAGCAGGCCCAGCCUCACCAGUUGCAGCAGCAACAGCUGCAAAACCGCUGGGUAGCUCCUCGUAAUAGGGGUGUGGGCUUCAGCCAGAACAACGGAGCUGGUAGUGAGAACUUUGGUUUAGGUGUUGUAUCUGUCAGCUCUUCACCUUCUGGUGUGGAAGUGCACCCUGUGCUGGAGAAAUUAAAGGCCAUAAACAACUACAAUCCCAAAGACUUCGAUUGGAAUCUGAAGAAUGGACGUGUGUUUAUAAUCAAAAGUUACUCAGAGGACGAUAUUCAUCGCUCCAUUAAGUACUCUAUCUGGUGUAGUACUGAGCAUGGUAAUAAGCGCUUGGAUGCUGCUUACCGGUCCCUGAAUGGAAAAGGCCCACUCUAUUUACUCUUCAGUGUGAAUGGCAGUGGACACUUUUGUGGAGUGGCUGAGAUGAAGUCUGUUGUGGACUACAAUGCAUAUGCUGGUGUCUGGUCUCAGGAUAAGUGGAAGGGGAAGUUUGAUGUCAAAUGGAUCUUUGUCAAAGACGUUCCUAAUAACCAACUGCGACACAUUCGCUUGGAAAACAAUGACAACAAACCGGUUACCAAUUCGAGGGACACUCAAGAGGUACCCCUAGAAAAAGCCAAGCAAGUGCUUAAAAUAAUUGCUACUUUCAAGCAUACCACCUCAAUCUUUGAUGACUUUGCACAUUAUGAGAAGCGUCAAGAGGAGGAGGAAGCCAUGCGUAGGGAGAGAAAUAGAAACAAACAAUAACUAUAUGGAGAUGUCCUGCUAGAAUACAACACUAAUGAUGUAGACUCUGGAAAUGCCUAAUAUGUCUAAGAAGACGUUAUUAAAGCUUUUUUCUGCUUAAGGUGACAUCUUUGAACACUUUAACACGAAAUUGACUCUUCUUGUAAUGGUUCUCAUCAGUGCAUCUGCCCUUAUACUCUCUCACCAAACACACUUGAGAACUGUACCUUCGUCAAGCACUUUCUGUCCUGAAGCUUUUACCAGUAUCUGCUGUCUUUUGUAUUUAUGCAUCCUAGCUAAGGCACAGGAGACCGAACGAAUGCAAGGAUUCAUUAACUCUUUGAAUUUGUUAAAUACUAACAUUUAACCAUUAGAAGUGGUUCAAUGAUGUGAGAUUCACAUUGCUUCAACUUAAUUUUUUCUUUGUUGUAGUUUUUUUAAUUGUCAGUUUUUAGCUAUUCAACAGAUUAAAAGCAAAUCAUGCCAUAUUUAGUCCUGGAGUAAAACUCAAGUCUAAAUGUUCAUGUGAAAAUUAUUGUAGUAAUCUUUUAAUAUGGCAAAGCAACUUUAAGCUGCAGUUUAGCCAAAUGAAUCGUAACAUGAAAUUAUAAUAGAAUGACAUUUCCCUUGUUUCAAACUGUUUGGUGUAAGAGAAUAUUAAUAUGCAGCUUGGUGGACACCACCAGUUAAUGCACAUUUCUUUAUUUUUUUUCUGUAACAUGUAUACUGAAAAAAGUGCAUUUGUCUGAGGAACUGUUUGUUUGCUACCACUCAAUGAAUCUCAGUUUUGAGUAAAUGUACCUCAGUCUAAAUCAGACUUUUUAUGACCUUUAUAACUACAUUUAAAAUAAUCUUUAAUUCCUAUUUCUGGGUGUUUGCAAGCCUGACAGAUUGCUAUCAUGAAAGUGAAAAUUUACUCCUCUAGGUGAUUCACUAGCUAAAUAAACAUAAUUCUUGUUUAGCAAGCAUAUACUCUGUUUCUCAAAUUUUUUUUAUUUCAUUGUGCCAAUGUCGAGGUGUUUUUCCCCCUAUUUGAAAAUAUUUUUAGAAAAAUACUUUGAUCCAUGGAGUUGACAUAUUCAUAACCACGUUAAGAUGAUUUUUGUUAGAAUCAUGCAACAAGAAAUUUAGAAUACAUAUUAAAUGGGCCAGUUCUAUCCUAGUUUUUAACCUCUUUAAGAGUGUAUCUUUUGUUUCAGUUCAUAUAACAACACAUUCUGUCUGCUGGAAGAGAAUAUUGAAAAGCUGUUAAGCGGGUGUAUUGACUGUACAAAUUACUGAACAACCUGUACCAAACUCCAGGGAUAGCUUUCCCUUUUUAGAGCAGCGAUGUAGAAGUCAGAUAUCUUAUAGCUUAAAAUAGCAGUAGCACAUUUAUUUGAAUAUGUUUCACGUCUUACUGUCCAACACAGAUAUUUAUAUUGUGUUUCAAGUCCUUCAUUUACAGAUUUUGGCAGUCAGAGUUCUGGAGCUUAAGUAGCAAAGGUUUUGUUUUCAAUAUAGAUGAUUUUGUUUUUCUUUUCAGCCCUUUGCACUCUUACUGCCAUGCAAACACAAGAAGUUCAGUGCACGCUUCUUGCUCGUUAUUUUAAAUAUUGUUGGAUACUGCAGAGUAGCAGAUAUAAAUCUUAAUUUUUAAUGCCAGUUAUCUGGAAACUCAAAAGGGAAGCUACUCCUGUAUUUUGGAAUAAAGAAGCAAUGUCACUUAAAUGUUAGAUGUGUCAUAAAUAGGAAGUGGGAUAAGGGAGGGAUAAGCAAGGGACAGAUUGUAAAAGGAGACGAGGAGACAAAGGUUUCAAGCCCAAUCCCUAUGAAAUCUGGCUUCAGCCCAAAAAUUACUGCUUCCAUGCAUAUCUGUUUCUUGCUAACAGGUUUUAUAGCUAUUUGUUUCCCUCUAUGGGCUCAUUUAUUCCAGCUGUCAUUGAUCAGCUGAAAUGGCAAAGGUCAAUAUUGUGAGUCCAGCAAAAGAAUGUCCUUCGUCUGUGAUCCCUCAAGGUAUCAGCAUGUUUCUGCUUCUUUGUUACAAAAAUACCUUAUGAAAAUUCAAAACAGUUUCCAGUUACCAGAAAGCUAAUGUUGGAGUCAAGCCUUCAGGAACUGAUUGCAUGUGCAGCCCUAGUUUGCUUUCACUGCAGUAUUCAUAUUUUUGCAGGCUUUAUUAGUAUUUCCUGCCUUACCCCAUGCCUUUUUUUAUUCUAAUAGCAUGAGCAUUGCUAUUAUAUUGAAUCAGGUUUAGUAUCAAGUGGGUUCAUCACUCUGUUGCAGGCUUUGAAAGCUGGGAAGAUGAGACAGGAUUGUGAGAGAAGGAGGUGAUCACAUUUAGAGAGCCGUGACAGUUCUUACACUGUUCCAGGAUUGUUAGCAAAUCUACAAAUAGAAGAGUUUGAUUGCUGGUGGUGUUAGUCAUGUUGCGACCAAUUUGCUGACUGCUGAGAGUUUAGUAUGUGCAGCUGAAAUUAAAAGAAAUUUUAUGUGCGUAUAAAGUACUGUAAAAAUAGUAUAUAACAUUGUAAAAUCAGCUGUGGAGUGCUGUAUUAGUUAAUGGACAUGUGAAGCUUCUAGCCUUCAGCUUCCUUAUGCACAAGUUCUUUUCCUCCAGAAAGAAAAGGAAUGGUGCUUAUUAUCUCAAAUAAAUGUAGAAAUGCC